AUGUCUGCUACAAAUGGAUCUUGUGAUGGAUACACCAAUAUAACUCAGUCGUGGCGCAAUCGGGGAUUUGACAAUUCUUAUUUUGGUGUCACUCUUGUCAAUGACCAGCAGCUUCUUAACAAAUGGUGGCGCUUUACAGGGAUUGGUGGAGACAGAGUUAUUGUUGCUUGUUUACCCAUUUAUCGUGGUGGCACAUAUGGUGCUCUUUUUAUUCCAUCGCCUUAUCCAACCACUGAGUCUCUGACACCAACAACAGUGACUGCAUAUGGCGUCUGGAAUUAUUGCUCUGACAGGUCCGCUGUAGUCAAUAUAGCUCUUUGUCCUGGAGGAUUCUACGUGUAUCAACCAAUAAGUUACCCAUAUGACCAGCAAGGAUAUGUGACCUAUCAUUAUGACUGUAAGCCAGACUCUUGUGGACCAUUGGCCAAGUGUAUGCCAGAUGGAGGCUGCAAAUGUGAGGAUGGUUAUGAAAUCCCCCAAAGCCACCUUCCUACUCCGGAUUCAUUUGGUUGUGUUGAUAUUGAUGAGUGCCAGAGGACUACAGGGAUUUGUGGUCCUAACUCAAAUUGUGAGAACACCGACGGUUCAUAUAUAUGCACCUGUUUGACUGGUUUCAGUGUAACAGAUCCAACACUGCCACCUGGAACGUCCAAUGGAUGCACAGAUAUUGAUGAAUGUCUUGCCAAUAUCUGUGGGCAAUAUGGGUCCUGCCUCAAUAACAUUGGAAGUUAUGUGUGCACCUGCAAUGAAGGCUUUCACAUUCAAUCUGAUGCAACCCCUGUUUGCCAAGAUAAUGAUGAGUGUCUAACCUCAUCUAUCUGUGGCCCUGAUUCUAUCUGCACAAACACACCUGGAGCUUAUACCUGUGGGUGUAGACUAGGUUACGCACCAACUGAUCAAUCCAAAGAACCCAGCGAGACCAACAUAUGUACUGAUAUUGAUGAGUGUGCUGACCAUCUGUUGAACAUCUGUGGAGCAAACUGUAACUGCACAAAUUCAAUUGGAUCUUACAACUGUACCUGCCUUCCUGGUUAUCGAGUGGACAAUUCACAUGUUAUAGCCAGCAUUGCUAACCCAUGCAAUGAUAUAGAUGAGUGCAGUGAAACCCCUGGACUGUGUGGUAACCAAACUGUGUGUACUAAUGCACCAGGCACCUUCUAUUGUUCCUGCCCUGAUGGAUUCUACCCAUCAACUGGUGUAAUUUGGAAGGCGGGCAUCACUUUUUGUAAAAGCCUUGAAGACAUUCUAGAUGAAAUCAAACCCCAUAAGGAUCAGACAAAAGAGAGAGCUUUCCUUGAUAACAUGGGUGAAGACCUGAAGAACCAUACAAGUGUCCUUUUACCGGAUGUGACAGUUGCAAACUGCUUUUCUUCAUCUAUGAUGGUUUCAGGUGUUGGAACACUUACCAGUACAAGCAAGGUGAGCAGUGAAGGAGAUGGGGAGACCGGCAGUGUUAUUCUUGGCCUCUCAGAGCAGCUCGUUGUUGCAAUGACUCCGUCGACUGAGACGCAAAUAAAAAAGGAAGUGCACACUUCAACAGUGGAUUUGAGUCUAGUGGCCAUUGGUUCAUUGAGCCAUGAUAGCAAGAGUUCAUCCCUCUCUGCCAAGGAAUAUGAAAUGAAAAUCAACUUGGAGGAUCUAGCUAGGGCGAACAAUGGUUCUAUAUCAGCCGCCUUUCUGACGCUAAAUGGGAUGGAGAGCAUUCUCAGUCAUCAAUACUUCAAAACCGAGAAUGUGACAGAGAUGUACUCAGCUGUUUUAACUGCCAUAAUACCAGGAAUAAACACCACCAACCUGACAGAGCCUGUCAACUUUACAAUUCAACACAAGAAGGUGUAGCAUCAAGAUUAAAAUGGAAUGGUCACUUGUGUGUACUGGGAAGCCGGACAAGCCGAAGGUGGACAAAAUGGAGAGACGAUGCGUUGGUCAGAAGAGGGUUGCUGGGUUGCAUACUCUCAAAAAAACUACACUGUUUGUAGCUGCUCUCACCUUUCUACCUUUGCUCUCAUAAUGCAGAUUGGGGAGCCUGUGCCACAGAAUGACUUCUUAGAGUGGCUGAACCGGAUAUGUGUGAUUAUUGGACUAUUCUUUUUGGCUUUGGCCAUCCUUACCUUCCUUCUGUGCAGCUGGAAUCCUAAAAUUAACAACACAGCCCGUCUCCACCUCUGCCUCAACCUGGCUUUUUCACAACUCCUCCUGCUGUGGAAUGACAAAUACACUGAUAAUAAGCUGGCCUGCACUGUCAUGGCAGGGCUUCUCCACUUCUUUAUUGUUGCCAGUUUUGUGUGGAUGUUGCUGGAGGCACUACAGCUCCACUUGUUGGUACGGAGGCUCUCCCAGGUGAAAGUCAUUCAAAGAGAUGGCCUCCCCAGGCCUCUUCUCUAUCUGAUUGGCUAUGGUGUUCCAUUUGUGAUUGUCGGUGUUUCUGCACUGAUCUAUUCUGGUGGUUAUGGAUGCACUGAGGCUAAUGUGUGCUGGCUGUCAGAAAAACGAAACUUCAAAUGGGCUUUAACAGGGCCAGUGAUAGCGAUCCUUGCUCUUAAUUGCAUACUGUUUGGUGCAACUUUAUGGAGUCUGCGGCCCACCUUGGCUAACAUAAAAAGUGAUAUCUCUCAGUCCAAAGAUACAAAGUUGAUUUUGUUCAAGAUAUUGGCCCAGUUUGUUAUACUUGGCUGUACCUGGAUUCUUGGCCUGUACCAGACAAACCUGUUCUUUCAGGUUGCUUUUAUAGUUCUGAACUCCCAGCAGGGUACUUUUCUCUACAUUGUCCACUGUGUCCUCAACAAGGAGAUUAGAGAUGAGUAUGUCAAAUGGCUGACCUGUUCGUUCAACAAGACCAGAGAAGGCGGCUCAGUGAAAAAUGUACCAUCAGUGUCUGAGGACUUGGACAUCCCUCAGACAUCAACAUCAGCUGAUGUUGAUAAAUAA